AUCCGCUCAUUUGGAAAUGACGACCGUCACGUCAUGGCCAAACACUCUACCAUCUACCCGUCCUCUGACGAACUGGAGGCCGUACAGACACUGGUCUCCACCGUGGAGUGCGCGCUCAAACACGUCUCCGAUUGGUUGGACCAGACCAACCAAUCAAACACUCCCAGCGUCCAAGAGGAUGAAGUUGAAACCAGCGCUGAGGAAUCAACUGAGGCUGGCACCAAGGAGGCGAGUGGAGGGGUGUUGUGUGGUGUGAUGAGGAUCGGUCUGGUGGCUAAAGGCCUGCUCAUUAAAGACGACAUGGACCUGGAGCUGGUGCUCAUGUGUAGAGAGAAGCCCACAGAGACGCUGCUGUGCAUCGUCUGUGACAACCUGCCUCUGCAGAUCCAGAAACUAACAGAGGAGAAGUACGAGGUGCAGCGCUGUAUUCCUGAAGCAGCUAUUUUAGUGUGUAGCACCACAGAGCCCAAACUCACACUGAAGGUCACUCUCACCUCCCCACUGAUGAGAGAGGACAGUGAAACAGGAGAGCAAGAGGGCGCUGAGGUGAACGAACCGGCGGACGUGCUGGAUAGACAGAGGUGCCUGGUGGCGUUGGCGUCCCUGCGACAUGCCAAAUGGUUCCAGGCCAGAGUGAAUGGACUGAAGUCCUGCGUGAUUGUCUUAAGGAUUCUGAGGGACAUGUGCAAUAGACUACCAGCCUGGGAGCCCCUCAAAGGAUGGCCUCUGGAGCUGAUCUGUGAGAAGGCUAUUGCGACGUGUAACAGGCCGCUGGGUGCUGGUGAAGCCCUCCGUCGAGUCAUGGAAUGCCUAGCCUCUGGAAUCCUGCUCCCAGGUGGGCCAGGGUUACAUGAUCCUUGUGAAAAGGAGCCAACAGACACACUGUCAGCCAUGACCGAUGAGGAGGCAGAGGCUAUAACGUACAGUGCACAGCACGCUCUUAGGCUCAUGGCAUUUGGGCAGAUCUACAAAGUCUUGGAAAUGGAUCCUCUUCCCUCAAGUAAACCCUCCCAAAAAUACCCGUGGCCAGACAAAGAAGGCAUUGGCCUGAAGAGACCCUAUGAAGACGGGUUGAUGGAUGACAAAGACCUCAUCAAGAAGAUGAAACGUAAUCUUAGAAAAGCUCUUGACAGUAAAGCAAUAGACUCCAACCAACCAAUGAAUGCUCUGAUGCGGCUGAACCAGAUCCGGCCGGGGCUGCAGUAUAAACUGCUGUCUCAGUCAGGUCCGGUCCACGCGCCAGUCUUCACCAUGUCUGUGGAUGUGGAUGGUACUGUCUAUGAAGCCUCGGGCUCCUCCAAGAAGACGGCCAAACUACACGUUGCAGUUAAGGUGCUGCAGGCUAUGGGUUAUCCCACUGGCUUUGACACAGACCUGGACUGCAUGAGUGCAGAUGAGAAGUCUGACGGGGAAGGGAAGAGCGAGACGUCCACACACUCCAGCAAUAACACAGCACACUCCACAGACAGCUCCAACACACUGGAGGUGCGAACUCAGGGUCCUAUUCUGACAGCUAGUGGGAAAAACCCAGUGAUGGAACUGAAUGAGAAACGCAGAGGGCUGAAGUAUGAGCUCAUCUCAGAGAGCGGCGGAAGCCAUGACAAACGCUUCGUCAUGGAGGUGGAAGUUGAUGGACAGAAGUUCCGUGGCGCGGGGCCCAAUAAGAAGGUGGCUAAGGCGAGCGCUGCGCUAGCUGCUUUAGAAAAACUUUUCUCUGGACCUAACGCUGCUGGAAACAAGAAGAAAAAAAUUCUCCCUCAGACUAAAGGCGCCAUCGCUGCGGCUGCUGCUGCCUCCGCUGUAGCGCAGGCUGCACGAGGUCGAGGGAGAGCAGCGCUCACGAGAGGGGCCUUCAUCAGUGCAGCCGCCGCCGCCGCCGCCGCACCGGGAUACGUCACGCCAGGAUUCGGGACCCCAUAUGGCUAUAGCGCCGCCGCAGCCGCUGCUGCUCCUGCUUACGGUUUGCCCAAGAGAAUGCUUCUGUUGCCUGUCAUGAAAGUGCCCGCCUACCCAGUCCCCCACUACUCCUUCUUUUAG